UCAUUGUGAUUAAAUUUAGUUUUCAUUGCUGUUCAAUAUGAAAACUAUCAAUAGAUUGAGAUUAAGUCUCACAAUUAGUUGAUUAUAAUCAGUGUUUGCUAGAAGUUAAUUUCAUGAUAACAAUUGCGAGAGAAACUGUCGACCUUGAAUUCAAUUGAUUCUCAGAAUAUUUAUCAUGGUAAAUUCGUGAAAAGAUUAUCACUUGGAACACAAUUACCGGUCGAUUAAUAAUCUUUUCUGUUGAUUGUUGUUCAAAUUAAUUUCCGUUUCCGAUGAAGAAUAAGAACAAAUUAUGGAUGUGUAAACUUUUCCACCUUCUAAUUGUUAAUAAUAAUCUAAUUUUGUUUUUCUUUCUCAAUUUAGUCAACCAAAUAAUGGAAAAAAUUUUCUCAAUGGUUCCUAUUGGUCAAUUCUCUUUCUUUUUCUCUUUCUAACUCGAAAAACAAUUCGUUGUCAUCACGAUUGUGACAACGUCGUCACGCCAACGACAAUUUCGUGUAAAUAAGCUAUUCAUCGGGAGUCUUAAUUAUCUGAUUGCUCACUAAAUAGAUUGUAAUCAUUAACCAAAUACAAAUCGAGUUGAGUGUUUGUAGUUGUAUCAUCAUAAUCAAAGUGUUUUUCAUUGAUUGGAAAUCAUCAUUACCAGUGUUUCUCAUCAUUACCAUGACCAAUAUCCAUCAAUUUGUGACUCAAUCAACACGAUGACUUUGUUGACAUCAACAUGUUACUUAUCAAAAAUGUGUCAAUCUAUUAAUUGUGAUAUUAAACUUUUCGUAUUGUCAAAUGUUCAUACUGAUUCGAAUUGAAUAAUUGAGACAAACUGCAGAAAUAACUUUCCUGAUGACCACUGGAUCUUUUUAUUACUCUUUUCAUUCAAAUUGUUGUAUUGGUCAAGUGAUCGAGAAAAUCGUUUGGACACAAUUCAAUGGGAAAAUUAUUCCUUAUAUUCCUUCCCAUCUUAAUCAUUUUCUGUGUUCUCUAUGUAAUUAAUCAAACAUCUAAUCCAGUUUUUGGUUCUCAUCAAGUGUAUUCAACUUAUUAUCGACAUUCAAAUGUACCUAAACAAUUAGAAUCAAAUUAUUAUUCAACUCUUGAUAGUGAUUAUCCUUUCCAAUUGAUUCGAACCAUAAAUGUCACCAAUUCAACAGAUACUGGUCAUUACUCGGUAAUUGGUGAUAAAAUUUGCCCUCAAGGGUUACGAAAGUUAAUUGUUCUUGUUAUGAUUGCACCAAAAGAUCGGGAAACAAGGGACACGAUCCGUCAAACUUGGGGCUCAUUUCGAGAUGAGGGUCUAUCAUAUGGAUUCUUAAUUGCUCAAUCAGAGGAAGAGGAAACAAUCAAAUUAUUAUCCCAAGAAUCAUCAAUUGAAAGAGACUUAAUCAUUGAUUCAUCUUUUAUUGACAGUUACGAUAAUUUAACUUUAAAGUCAAUUUCCAUGGUCGAUUGGGCUUCGGCCUAUUGUCCGGAUGCCGUGGCCAUACUCAAAACCGAUAGCGACAUGUGGAUCAAUGUACCGUUAUUAUUGUCAAAAGUACACGAACUCUCACCAGGUCUUCAUGGUAAAAUUUUCACCAAAGCGAAGCCCAUUCGCGAUCGUAAAAACAAAUGGUUCGUUCCUAAAGGCCAAUAUCGUGGAAACUUUUUCCCAAGUUAUCUAAGUGGAACUGCUUAUCUAAUGGUUAACCGAGGAACCAAUUUAUUCACUAGAUUGUACCAGAAUUCAUUGUCGACUAAUUAUCUACGAAUGGAGGAUAUUUUUCUAACGGGUUUAGUGGCCUCCAGAGCCAAAAUUAAACUCUAUAACCUCAAGAAUAUUAAUUAUAAAAAAGUACCUUUUAGCGUUUGUAUUUAUCGUAAUUUGAUCUCAUCUCAUGAAAUCUCCAACGAAGAGAAAUAUCUUUAUUGGCAACUAUUAGAAUCGGCAAUCAACGAUACUUGUCCUACCUGAGAAUGGACAAAUUGCUCUUCCAUCGAAACAAUCAGGUUAAUUGUUGGAAAAUCGUCUCUUCCAUGGAUCAUCAAAGAAAAAGCUACUAUGUGAUUUUGAUUGUGAUCUUCGCCUCUUUUUAAUCAACCAAAUGAUUUACCUUGAUCACUGCGAAGUGUUAAUCAUGAGCGUCUAUUAAUUUUCUCACAAUUGUUAUUCCUUGUUUACUAAUUUAUACAAAAAUCUAUUUACAAUUUGAUGUUUUCUUUUUGUUUUGUUUUUAAAUGAUUUACAAAUCAAUAGAAUAGUAUAAAUUACUGUUACCAUUACGAAGUAAAUGUGAUCAAAUAUUGAUGACGAAAACGA